AGACUGUCCACGGCGGGCUGGGGGCGCCCGGGGCUGCCAUAAAGUGAAUGGGCGCCGGCGGGGGGUGACAGAGAGCGGCGAGGCUCACUGCCUCGCUCAGCGAGUCCCGGAGCGUCCGAGCGCAGCAGCAGCCCGGACGCAGGGGGGUGGCCCCCACCCCGGCCGGGUGCCCGGCCCCUGGCCCCAGCCUGCCCUCCAGACUGCGGCCGCCACCGCCGCCGCCGCCGCCGCCGCCGCCGCCGCCACCAGGAGUCAAUCUGCCUCGGGACUCACUAGGCCACGCUCCAUGGAGUUUGGCCUGCUCAGCGAGGCGGAGGCCCGGAGCCCUGCCCUCUCGCUGUCCGACGCGGGCACGCCGCACCCUCCUCUGCCCGAGCACGGCUGCAAGGGCCAAGAGCACAGCGAUUCGGAGAAGGCCUCGGCUUCGCUGCCCGGAGGCUCCCCCGAAGACGGCUCGCUGAAGAAGAAGCAGAGGCGACAGCGCACGCACUUCACCAGCCAGCAGCUGCAGGAGCUGGAGGCCACCUUCCAGAGGAACCGCUACCCGGACAUGAGCACUCGCGAAGAGAUCGCCGUGUGGACCAACCUCACCGAGGCCCGCGUACGGGUGUGGUUCAAGAACCGGCGCGCCAAGUGGCGGAAGCGCGAGCGCAGCCAGCAGGCCGAGCUGUGCAAGGGCGGCUUCGCGGCGCCGCUCGGGGGGCUGGUGCCGCCCUACGAGGAGGUGUACCCCGGCUACUCCUACGGCAACUGGCCGCCCAAGGCGCUCGGCCCGCCGCUCGCCGCCAAGACCUUCCCGUUCGCCUUCAACUCGGUCAACGUGGGGCCCCUGGCGUCGCAGCCCGUCUUCUCGCCGCCCAGCUCCAUCGCCGCGGCCGCCCCGGGCGCCGUGCCGGGACCCGCGGCCCUGCAGGGCCUGGGCGGGGGCCCCCCGGGGCUGGCGCCCGCCGCCGUGUCCUCCGGCGCGGUGUCCUGUCCCUACGCCUCGGCCGCCGCCGCCGCCGCCGCCGCCGCCUCCUCCCCCUACGUCUACCGGGACCCUUGUAACUCGAGUCUGGCCAGCCUGCGGCUCAAGGCCAAGCAGCACGCCUCUUUCAGCUACCCGGCCGUGCCGGGGCCGCCGCCCGCCGCCAACCUCAGCCCGUGCCAGUACGCCGUGGAGCGGCCGGUGUGACCGUCCCCGCCGCGGCCGCGGCCGCCCCGGCGCCCGGCCGGCCUCUUCGGCUUCGCUCCCGCCCCGGAGGGCUCGGGGAGGGGUGGCCGGGGCUGCUGGACGGGGUGGGGCAGGGGGGUGGUCAGCGGGCUCGGGAGACCGUCUUCCUCCUACCCCCACUCGCGCCCUCCCCGGCCCCAGAGCGGGUGGCCAGGGCUCCGCACACAAGGCCGAGGCCCUGGGACUAAGGCCAGGCACAGGGACCAGCUCCCCCCGCCGGGGGCCGGCUCACGCGGGGCCCGGCCCGCCUUCUGCAGCCUCCCCGUCCCUCCGUUUCCAAGCGACAUGAAAUAAACGUGCGCGGACUGUGCAAGGCCUGGUGGUGAUUCGGGAUCGCCGCGGAGCGCUCUCCCCCCCCCCCACCCCUUAGCACUCUCAUGGUCCGGAGGAGAGCGGGGUGCAGGGGAAAGAGGUGGGGGGUCCGUCUCUAGGACGCCGCUCCCGCUAGGCAAGCCGGGUGGGCUGGGGGUGGGCGGAUCCGAGAGGCAGGAGGCGCGCGCCCCCCGCCCCGCUCGCUGGCGCCCGCGUUGAUAACUUGGUUACACGCUCCUCGACGGCGGCGGGCAAAGCUGGUACUGCAGCGCCACCUCGUGGUCUCAGGGAGGAUAGCUAGAAGAUAGAGACUGCUCGCAGGUGUCAAGUCUACAGCCUCUAACCUUGAAUAACUUUCUUCGGUUGUUUUUGUUGGUGCUGGUAGUGGUUUUUUUUUUUUCUUCCGUUUUUGGUUUUCUUUUUUUGUGUUUUUUUUUCCCCUGCACCUGUUACUCGCUGUUCCGAUGAGGGGGUUGGGCCUUUAACA